UUUUGCAAUCCCGUGCUGGCGGGUUAGGGUGAUCAAAGUUUUGGAGCUCGCGAACGCGAUGCUUUCUGAUGCUCCACGCCGAAACCUCAGACUCAGAGAGGUUUGGUGAGCUCCUUGCACGAUAUUAAAUUAAUUAGAAAGUUCUUUCCUUUUUUUAGAAAAGGUAAAUAAAGUAACGUCUGAGAUAGUACGCCCACUCACUCCCAGCGGAGCUCUCAGAGAGAGAGAGAGAGAGAGAGAGAGAGCGCAAAAAAGGAGUGACCCACAAGCCAUACUGUACAUGGGGGGAACGAAGAAGUUGAAGACUUCCUUAAAUUGUUCUCAAACUACAGAGGGGACUGGAGACCUCAAGAUAAUAUAUUAGGUGACACGGUAAGGUCAGCCUAGUGCAGAGUAAGGAAGAGAAUGAAGCCUUAGUUGGCAAAUGCCAGAAAUUACAGGCGAAGUAAUUGACGAGGACUGAAUCAAAGAUGGAACAGAUGAAAGCUUCACUUCAGGACCCAGAAAUCCAUGCAGUGCCUGCUCUGAGGCAAAAGGAGGUAAACUGGGGAGAGACAAAGACUCCAUCUCACAGAUGUAAAGUUGCAGGUAUCGACCCUGCAGCGUAUAAAUAUUACAAGGUGACUGCAGUGUCUUUGGUUGUAAUGUGUGUUCUCCUACUGACUGCCAUCAUAGUGCUGUGGAUCAAUUUAAACAAACUAAAUACAGAAAAAGACCAGUUACAGGCCAGUUACAACACCCUGACUACAGAGAGAGACCAGUUACAGGCCAGUUACAACACCCUGACUACAGAGAGAGACCAGUUACAGGCCAGUUACAACACCCUGACUACAGAGAGAGACCAGUUACUGAAGCUAAAAAAUGAACUUCAGAAAAAUGUGCCUAAUUUAGACAGGGCCAUGAAGGAGGGAUGGAUGUUUUACAUCUCCAGUAUGUACUACAUCUCGACUGAGGAGAAGAACUGGACUGAGAGCAGACAGGACUGCAAAGAAAGAGGGGCAGACCUAGUGAUCAUAAACAGCAAAGAGGAACAGGAAUUUAUACGUAAACACAGCAGAAAUGCUUGGAUUGGUCUGAAUGACAUAUUUGAGGAGGGUGACUGGAAAUGGGUGGACGAUACACCAGCAACAACAGCGUUCUGGUCAGUGGGGGAACCCAACAGUAACGGAGAUGAGGACUGCGCUAUACGUGGAUAUGGGAGAGAUCCUGUCUUGAACUGGGCCGAUUAUUCCUGUAGCAAAGAGUUUGUCUGGAUCUGUGAAAAGAUACUAUCACCUUAAAUGUCAUAUAAUGUAAACAUAUUAACAAUUAGGCAAGGCAUUGUUUAAAAUAACAAUAGAUAUUGCAGUUAAUCUUUGCCACUUAAUGGCUAAUAUUCUCACAGUUUUUAUAUCAGCCUUUUUUUUCUUAAUUAUGUGUACAUUUAUGCAAAUGCAGCUUUUUAAUAAACCUGUAAAAUGUGUAGGUUAAACCAAAAUUAAACCAGUAAUUUACUCCUUGUGUGACAUUUUAUUAAAAAUUGUAUUUUCAUUUAAUGUCAGUGGAUAGAAUGUGUAAAGUGGAAAUUUGUAAUCACAUUCUGCUUCUGAACGCAUUUAUCUUUCAUCUGUUUGUUGUUUUAUUCUUUAACAUUUUUGCAUGUAGAGUUUAAUUCCCCUUUUUUACCCAAAGGCAUAAAGUUCCAAACUCUUACAUCCUGUAGGUUUUGUGGCUCUAUUGGUCUUAAAGAAAUAACUUAGUAAUGCUCUUUGUGAAACCGUAGUAUUAUUUUUUUUUAAGAUAUAUAAUUUGCUUUUCUUUAUAAAAUAAAUGUGUGGCAUUG